GCCGUGUCCGCUCCUCCCCGUUCCUGCCCGGCCGGCGCCGCGCCGAGGCGGCAUCUGAGGGCCAGACCGGAAGAGCGCCCGCCGCAGCAGCUCGGCAGUGCCCCGGACGGGGAGCGGGGAGUGCCGGCUGUGGGGAUCCCUCCGCUCGCGGUGAGGUGCUGCCAACCAGUGCGCGCCAUUUUGGGUGACUGGGCCGUGAGGAGCGGCGGGAGAAGGUGUUUAUGAUGCUGGGCUCUGGGUUCAAGGCCGAGCGCUUGCGAGUCAACCUGCGCCUUGUUAUCAAUCGCCUCAAACUGCUGGAGAAAAAGAAGACUGAGUUGGCCCAGAAGGCAAGGAAGGAGAUUGCAGAUUACCUGGCAGCUGGAAAAGAUGAGCGUGCCAGGAUUCGUGUGGAGCACAUCAUCCGUGAAGAUUACCUUGUGGAGGCCAUGGAGAUCCUGGAGCUGUACUGUGAUCUGCUGCUUGCCCGCUUUGGCUUGAUCCAGUCCAUGAAGGAGCUGGACUCUGGCCUGGCAGAGGCGGUAUCGACCCUGAUUUGGGCUGCACCACGUCUCCAGUCGGAAGUGGCCGAGCUGAAGAUUGUUGCUGACCAGCUGUGUGCCAAGUACAGCAAGGAGUACGGGAAGCUGUGCCGGACAAACCAGAUUGGGACAGUCAAUGACAGGCUGAUGCACAAACUGAGCGUUGAGGCGCCGCCCAAGAUCUUGGUGGAGAGAUACCUCAUCGAGAUUGCUAAGAACUACAAUGUGCCCUAUGAGCCUGACUCUGUGGUGAUGGCUGAAGCCCCAGCAGGUGGAGAAGCAGAUCUAAUUGAUGUGGGGUUCACGGAUGAUGUGAAGAAGGGUGGCCAUGGAGGGGGUGGAGGUGGUGGAUUUACAGCCCCGAUGAUGGGUCAUGAUGGGUUAGUACCCAUGCCCGUGAUGAUGCCUAUGCCCAUGCCAACACCAAAUCCGCCCUUCUCCUAUCCACCUCCAAAGGGACCGGAGAACUUCAGUGGCCUGCCAGUGGGGACCUACCAGCCUUUCACUAACAUCCACCCACCACCAAUUCCGGCAAACCCACCCACAUAUGAGUCUAUUGAUGAGCCAAAUGCUGACAAGGACAUUGCUGCACCAGUGCCUGGGCCUGAGCCCAAGCCAGAAGCUUCUCCUAAACCAAGAGCUGGAGCUCCUAAUACCUUUGAUAACUUUGUGCUGCCUGAAUUACCGUCUGUGCCAGACACGCUGCCAACGGCAUCUGCUGGCGCCAACUCCUCCGCCUCAGAAGACAUUGACUUUGAUGAUCUUUCUCGGAGAUUUGAGGAGCUAAAGAAGAAGACAUAAAACUUUCUGGGCUGCAGGAAGGAGAGGCAGGAGCUUCUCUCUGAAAAAGACUCUCCUUGAAAUUGGUUUCCUGUAUUAACCUCAAAUGAACACGCUCUCCUUUUUGAGCUCUCUUCCUACUAUACUUACACCAAAUGCUGCCACUUUCCUGAUCUUUGUUGCUCCAGGAGGUGAACUGUAGGGAAUUGUGCAAGAUUGGGCCCCUGUCAGUCUGAGUAGAUGUAUGGGAAAGUUGUGCCUGAUGUUCUGGGCACUGUUCCUGGCUGCCUUCAUGAUGGCUCUGUGCUCCCAGAGGAGGCUCCCUCUCGGGGAGCCCUUGCUGGCCUUCAUGGUGUUCUCGGGGGGGGGGGUCUGUUCCCAAGGCAUCAUGUUCUGCCUGGGCCUACUUGAGAGCACGACUGGCAGGGCUAGGCGGCUUCUGCUGCCCAGGGGCUCCCCUAGCUGCUCUGCUGCGCUCUUGGGAAUCUGAUGGGAUAUGCGGCAGCACCUUGUUUUUCCCCGGGCCAGGGGUGGGGCCUCCUAGGGCUGUACUUCACCUGUUCGUGAUGCUGCCACACCUGUACGGUCCCUGUCCUGUGCCUGUCCGUGAAGUCGCAGACGCUUCCCGCGGUUCCAAUAAAGCGAGGCCCGGGAUCCGUCCUGUGCGCGCGCCGCGCGGGCGGGGCCGGGAGCGCCCCCCAGCGGGGCCCCGCCCUGAA